AAAUAAUGUGACACCGGAGGAGCUAAGCUGCUGGUUUAGCAUGUGCAGUUUGAGCAGAAAGAUUUUUCUGACAUGAGCAUCGCCUUUUUUCAUUCUCAUUUUGAGUCUGAGUUCAUUGUCACGUUAAGGGUCUUGCUCCUGAGCCUGGCAGUGGCAGCUUCAUGGACCUGGGAUUCUGAUUUGUCCAACACCUUCACCACUAAGCUACCACAUCUUUAUUAAAGAAGUAUGUCAGAGGCUCGAGAUCUGGAGAAGAACUGGUACUCCAUCCUCGGUGCGACUCCUAGUGAUGAUUUACAAGAGCUGAAACAGAGGUAUCAGAAACUGGUCCUAAUGCUUCACCCAGACAAACAGAAGCCUGGCCUAUCAGAAGAGGAGGCUGGGCUGCGGCUGCAGAGGUUCAUAGAUGUGGAUCAGGCCUGGAAGAUCCUGAGCAACGAGGAGAGCAAGAGGGAGUUCGACCUCCAGCUACGUGCACAUGAACUGAAGCAAAGCUGGCCGGUGGACGCCUGCGUUACGUUGGAGGACAUGAACUGGGACAGCGAGAAUGAGUGUUACUCGUACAGCUGCCGCUGCGGUGGCGACUUCCUCCUGGAGAAGGUAGACGUGCAGGACGGCGAGGAUGCCAUCGUGUGCUGCGACACCUGCUCGCUCAGCAUCGAAGUGAAGGGGGCUACGUGACUGUUCUUCCUCAAUGCCGUGAACUCGUCAUCAACCCGGUGUUUCAGAGCUCAUUAUUGGGUAGAUGAAAGUAGUGCCUCAUAAUUAGCACCUCAUCACCAUAUUCUAGGACAUUAUUUACGUUGUUUUAAAUUCAUCUGGUCAAAAUGGCAGAAUAAUGAUCAAUUAGUUAUGAAUAUUUACACACUGUUUUUUUGGUAUAAUAAUGUCCAGUAUUAUCAUUUUAUGUAUUUAUUAAAAAUGUUAUUUGUUUUUU